ACCCUACUCUCAGUCAUCUCUACCGGCCACAUUUGCAGAGAGGGAGCGUUGGGAGAGAAAUCGUCGAAGAUGAAGUACAAUCCAAGAGUAUCCUCCUCCCGCCGCAAGAGCAGGAAGGCACAUUUCACGGCGCCUUCCAGCCUUCGCCGGGUGUUGAUGAGCGCCCCUUUGUCCUCAGAGUUGCGAGCCAAGUACAGCGUUAGGUCCAUGCCAGUAAGGAAAGACGACGAGGUUCAGGUGGUUCGUGGAACCUACAAGGGUCGUGAAGGAAAAGUUGUCCAAGUCUACCGUAAGAAGUGGGUGAUCCACAUUGAGCGCAUUACCAGAGAGAAGGUUAAUGGAUCCACUGUUAACGUUGGUAUUCACCCAUCCAAGGUUGUUAUCUCCAAGCUCAGGCUCGACAAGGACCGUAGGUCUCUUCUUGACCGUAAGGCUAAGGGUCGUGCUGCUGCCGAUAAGGAUAAGGGUACUAAGUUCACCACCGAGGAAAUCAUGCAGGCAAUUGAUUAGUUCUUCUUCUAUCUAUUUUGUUUCUGUUUUGUUAUAUCUUAUUGCUUUUGCUACUUUGAAGCUUGUUGGAAUAGCUAAAGAGUAUUUUUCUGAGACUCUGAAUUUUGUUUCAGUAUUUUAAUAGUAUGCAAUUUUGGGUAUAAUCA